AUGUCUCCUGUCGAUGCAACAACAGCGCGAGCAGGAGCAACAGACCAAGAUGCAGACGCGCAGGUUCCCCGAUUCCGGCGGAAUAACAACUCCGCUGCUGCCGCUACUGGUGCAGGGGGGGGUGGGGGGGGAGUGAGGCGGAGAGGGGGAAGCACGGCUGAGCGAGAGCACAAGAGAUUAAGGAGGCUACUUCGCAACAGGGUGUCGGCACAGCAAGCGAGGGAGCGGCGGAAGCAGUACCUUUCAGAGUUAGAGGGGCGGGUUUCUCAGCUGGACCAGCGGAAUGCUGAGCUAAAAGAAACACUUAGCACCUUGCAGCGGGAGAAUUUCAUGCUGAGACAGGUGGCUCGGAACACGGCUCAAGCAGCAGACGCCCCACCAAGCAAUUGA